AUGCUGACGAGCAUUCAACAUAGGAAUCUCGUUCGCCUCGUCGGAUGCUGCUCAGAAGGCUCCCAGCGCCUGCUUGUCUACGAGUACAUGACCAAUGGGAGCUUGAACAGAAUCAUAUCUGGAAAGAGCGAGCUAUGUUUAGACUGGCAGACGCGAUUCCAAAUCAUUGUAGGAAUCGCACGGGGAUUACAGUACUUGCAUGAGGACUCCAACUUGAGGAUUGUUCAUAGGGAUAUCAAGGCCAGCAACAUCCUCCUCGAUGAGAAAUUUCAACCUAAGAUCAGCGACUUCGGUUUGGCCAAGUUCUUCCCAGAGGAUCAAACUUAUCUCAGCACAAGAUUUGCAGGAACUCUAGGGUAUUGUGCACCUGAAUAUGCUAUGAGAGGAGAGCUUUCUGCCAAAGCCGACAUCUAUAGCUUCGGUGUUAUUGUGCUGGAGAUCAUCUGUUGCAGAACCAACACAGACCUUUCUCUUCCAAUCGAGAUGCAAUAUCUUCCAGAAUAUACAUGGAAGCUAUAUGAAAGAUCAAGGCUGAAUGAAAUAGUGGAUCCAAAAUUACUAGAAGGAGCAGUGGAGAAAGAAGUGUUGCAGGUGUGCCAAAUUGCUCUGCUGUGCCUUCAGCCAUAUCCAGACUUGAGGCCCCCAAUGUCUGAAAUAGUGGCCAUGCUGACUUGCAGGGCUGAGAUAUCUUCGACUCCUGUGAAACCAACAUUUUUGGAGAGGAAAGCUAGGGUUAGCAUCAGGUCUCCAUCACCCUAG